GUGAUGGUGUUACUGCGUGGUGCGAGUGAAGAACUGCGUUAGUUUGAGCUCUGUUAGCUGUUAGCUUUAGCUGUUAGCUCUUUUAUCCGGAAAACAGAGGCUGCGCGCGGGGAAACGAGCCCGGAGGAGCGCGAGAGAGUUUUGAGGAUCUGGAGAGUGUCAGUGUCUCAUCGUCAGCAUGAAUGGAAAAUCCUGAAUGAAGACGAGAGAUCCACACACAGCUAGACCUGAUCAAUACAGACCUGAUCAAUACGGAGCUGAGCAAUACAGACCUGAUCUCUGCUGCUGUUUCUCUCCGUUUGAGGAGUCAUCAUUCAGUCCAUCUGAAACAUCUCUAAAGCAGAAUGUUCCUCAGGAUGUUCCUCAGUUGAGUUAUUGAGUUCCGAAGGUCAGCAGUUCAGCAGAUGGACGAUGCUGUGAUCUGAGGCUGAAGCUCUGGUGUCUAUGAAUGUCUUCCUGACUGACUUUUGCUGAUGGAACAAAAGGCUUCCAAUAAGCCCUCCAUGGUCUCCAGACUGCCAAAACUUGGUUCCCGGCCUGUGAAUGCCCAGUCCUCUCAGCCUAACAGUACGGUCCAUGGUCAGCACACCCACAAUUGCCGGAAAAUCUCUGGAAAGCCCAGCGGAAUGGUAUGGCCUUCACCUUCCUCCAUGAAGUGGACAAAAGAGACUGGUAGUUCUACUGUGACCCCAAAUCAGGAACUGUCUGGAGGGAACAGAGAGACUCAUGCCUUCCAUCCAGCAAACAAGAAACCUUCCACUCCGACUGUGACAGGGCACAAAUCUGCAUCAUUUGUACUGAUAGGAAGUUCAAAACCAGGACCCAAAUCCUCAAGGUCCACAUCCAGCCCUAAAAUCGGCCAAACUGCAUCCUCCAGCUCCACCUCACCCAGCAGCUCCUCCACUAAACUGACCCAUAAUGGGACAGUGGACUUGUCCCCCAGUGGGCGGGUUCCCCGGUUCCAGAGGCUGCGAGAUAAUCCCAGCUCUGGAGACAGCUUACCUCGGUCCAGCUGUGGCCUCAAAAGGCUUUCCACUGACAGAAUGGUUCGCUCCCAGAGUUUGACUUACUUUAGGCAGCCCUCACCAACAAACUCUUUCAUCCCACGCUCCUUCUCCUUCAGCAAGGCAGUGGAACUCGCCAAGCCUCUACCCAACACCCAGCUGUGCCCUUUACGUGCUCCUGGACUUAAACCCCCACAGUGCCUCAGCAGCAGCAGGCUGGGUUUGGGCUUUGGCAAGAGCUUCCCUGAAUGUUCCUCUUCUGUAGCGUCUCUUUCAGAAUGUUCUACACCCUCUAGUGGUCUGAAGAAGCAUUUACUUCCUAACUGUGUACUGAGUAAACCCUCAGCACUGGGCUACAGUUUGACUCGCUCAUUCGCUACUAAACCACAGCACCCAGUAGUGGUAGGGAGGAGCCAAGAAAAGCAUCAGAUUAAAACCCAGUCUCUUACUCCAAAGACUAACCACAAUGUUCAGAGGUUUGAGACACCUGCAGGUCCAGCUGACCUUCCAGAUGGAACAGAGGAAAUGUCCUUCUCCUCUGGUUCCUCUGAUAGAAAUGAGAACUGUGAGGACCUGCUGGAUGACUUUGACCACUUGGGUGACCAAUCACACAAUGGUGUGCUCGACAGCAGGUGCCUGACCAUGCCCACACAGACAUGCCUCCGUAACAUCCUGCACGAGGACUGGGUCAGUGUUACAGAUGUGGAUUCUUUCGGAAGUUCUUCUCUGGAGCUCUCGCCCUCCAGCAGUUCUGGUGGAACCUACAUGUGGGAUGAAGAUAUGAGCUACACACACACACAGCACUGCGACGAUGAGCCCAACAUCACUACAGAGGCUGUUAAUGAUUUGGAAAAUGUAGCAGCGUUUGAUCUUGAGGAGAAUGACAUCAUACUGGAGCUGCAUGAGGAUGGAACCUUACACAGCGGUAGAACAGUCCACUCUUACCCUUCUGAGAAGAGAGCACAGCAGCAGAGACUCAGUGGAGUGAACCAACACAAUCAUAAAAGGCUGCUGAAGCUGCAGGGUUUUGAUGAAGGUCCUGCAGAUCAGUCAGAUGACCACAUGGUGGCGAUAAAUGAGUUCAGUCUCAAUCAGAUGCUGCAGGAUUUCUCCUCUGUUAAAUCGCAGCUGUUCAACCUGAAGCUUUUACUGCAGGUGGAAGAAGGUGAGAUAAACAGUAAAGGCUCAACUGAAGUGAACAGCGCCGCCCUGCAGGUGGAGGUGCUGAUGAAGGAAGUGACGACUCUCAGACAAGAACUGAGAAAUAAAGACAAUAUCAUCACUCAGCUUACAAACAAACAACAACACAAACAUCAAAAGCAUCAGCUGCGGUCACUCUCAGGGUCAGAGGUUAAAGAGGUUAAAGGUCAGAAGGCCGACAAGUUCACUCAAACGCCGCAGAGGCCCGCCCACACUCUUCAAGUUCUGCAGUUAUCCAGCCCACAGCUCAGCGAGGCCUGCACCCAGGAACCAUCAGCAAGUUCAACCACCACUGGGGCCCCCAAUAAAGCCCUUAGGUACUCCACUUCACCAAGGCCCCUGGUAAAGCCCUCAGGUCCCCCACUCCACCGUGGCCCCCGGUAAAGCCCUCAGGUCCCCCAUUCCACCGUGGCCCCCGGUAAAGCCCUCAGGUCCCCCAUUCCACCGUGGCCCCCGGUAAAGCCCUCAGGUCCCCCGCUCCACCGUGGCCCCCAGUAAAGCCCUCAGGUACUCCACUUCACCAAGGCCCCUGGUAAAUCCCUCAGGUCCCCCACUCCAACGGGGCCCCCAGUAAGGCUCGUAGGCCUCAAGCGGAGGGCAGUUGAUUGCAUUUGACCGUAUUUCUUCAAAUUGGGUUCAGAUUCUCAUUUAGAUGUAACAUUAAUAGUCUGAGCGUUCUUGUUUGAGUUGUUACAGCAGCUCCGACUCCCGCGGAAGAACCUCUCCGGCACCAUCUAUAAGACUGAUCAUUUGUUAUUAUGAUUAAGAUUUAACAAUAUGAGAUCUGUGAAUUUAAUGGCUGUUUACUCUGUCAUUGUUCAUCUUUUUUAAAUGUAAUAAAUCUAAAUGUGAA